AUGGACACCCGAUCUGUUAGCGCAUCUCGCUCCCCGACGGUUACGCUGAAGACCCCUAAGGGCACGAGAGAUUGGAGUGGACGCGAUAUCCUUAUCCGUGAUGAAGUUUUCAAGAGGGUCAUUGAUGUCUUCAGGAAGCACGGCGGUACCCCCCUUGACACUCCCGUGUUCGAGCUGAAAGGAAUCCUUUCCGAAAAGUACGGCGAAGACUCCAAACUUAUCUACGAUUUGCAGGACCAAGGGGGGGAGAUCUGCUCCUUGCGUUACGACCUAACUGUGCCGUUCGCUCGUUGGCUUGCCAUGAACAACAUCGAGUCAGUCAAGCGUUAUCACAUCGCUAAGGUCUAUCGAAGAGAUCAGCCGGCUGUUUCUCGAGGACGUUUUCGCGAGUUUCACCAAUGUGAUUUCGAUAUCGCUGGCGUUCAUGACCCCAUGGUUGCCGAUGCUGAGGUCUUGCGUAUCAUCGUCGAGGUUUUUGAUGCUUUGAAGCUUGAUGUUACUAUCAAGUUGAAUCACAGGCAGGUACUGGACGGCAUAUUUGCAGUCGCCGGUGUCACAGAAGGCAAGAUUCGAACGAUCAGUUCUGCAAUCGACAAACUUGAUAAGUCAUCUUGGCAGGGUGUCAAAGGGGAGAUGAUUGAAAAGGGUUUGGCUGCAGAUGUUGCCGACCGGAUCGGCGAAUAUGUUCGCCACGCUGGCACCAUACCUGACACUUUGACCCUAUUGAACUCCAAGCCCGAAUUACUUGCAAACAAGCAAGUCGAGCAGGGUAUCUACGACAUGAAACUACUUGCAUCGUACGUGGAUGCCUUUGGCAUCUCUGACAAGGUUUCCUUUGAUCUUUCGCUUGCCCGAGGUCUCGACUACUAUACUGGCUUGAUAUACGAGGUUGUUAGUCUGCCCCCCAAGCCCAAGGAGAGUGCUGCUUCAGGUAAAAAGCCCGAGGCAGAAGCACCCAUUACUCAAGUGGGUAGUCUCGCUGCUGGUGGUCGAUACGAUGAUUUGGUCGGCAUGUACGGCAAGAAGCAGAUACCUUGUGUGGGUAUUUCCUUCGGUGUUGACCGUAUACUCACCAUACUGGAAGCUCGACAAUGGAGCGAGACUUUAACACCAGAUCGUGGUAUUCAAGUCUACAUCAUUGCUCUGGGCGACAAAGAUUGCACUGGACUUCUGAUCGAACGCAUGUCAAUCGCUCAGAGACUUUGGAGUGCUGGCAUACGCGCCGAGUUCUUUCCAAAAGUCAAGCCAAAAAUGACACAGCAGUUCAAGGCCGCAGAAGGCGUACCGUUGGGCCUUAUCCUGGGUCGAGAAGAAGCUGCUGCCGGUCAGGUCAGAGUGAAGCGGUUGGGGCAGUCAGAACACAAGGUCAGAGGGGCCGAACCGGUAAAAGGGAAUGGUGGAGAGCUGGUGUUAUUGGAUGAUAUGGUGGAAGAGGUUCGAAAGCUGCUUGGCACGAGAUCUGAUCUUCAUAUAUUGGACACUGUUAUCGACUAUUAA